AAGUUGACAAGGGAAACAGCAAGUUUGGCUUAUUAGCCUCCCGGAAGUUCUGUCGUUAGGAACGAGUGACGUCACAUUUCCUCUGAUGUCACGAUGCAAACAAAAUGGCGGACGUCGAGGACGAUGUGUAUCGUAAAGUCUUAGAAAUUUUUAGACGAGCAUCAUGAAAUAGCAGUUAUUUUGGUCGUGCUGACCAAUGCCUUCAAAUGGUGGAAAGUAUGGUUGUAGAGAAUGGUGUCCAGCGACUGUUUGUGGUCGGAAGCGAGGACGGAUUUUACGAAAACAUCGACAGUCCUGCGUUUCUUGGUGAUGAAGAUCCAAACAUUUUCUUUCAUCGGGUUGACUCCGAUCAGAUUAUAUAUCAACCUCGAAGGAAGAGAGCUAAGUUUAUUGGGAAAUAUUUAAUGGGAGAUGCGCUUGGUGAGGGAUCUUACGGCAAAGUGAAGGAAAUGCUCGACAGCGAAAAUCUUCGACGUUGUGCUGUGAAAAUCAUGAAACGACGAAAACUGAGAAGAAUUCCUAAUGGAGAGCAAAAUGUUCAGAGAGAAAUUCAGUUGCUGAAACGGCUGUGCCACCCAAAUGUCAUUAAACUGUAUGAUGUGAUGUACGACGAACAAAAACAAAAAAUGUAUAUGAUUAUGGAAUAUUGUGUAGGAGAACUCCAAGAGAUGUUGGAAAGUGUUGAAGGACAUAAAUUUCCCAUAUGGCAGGCCCAUGGGUAUUUCACUCAGUUGUUGAAUGGUCUUGAGUAUUUACACAGUCAAGGAAUUAUCCAUAAAGAUAUCAAGCCUGGUAAUUUACUCUUAGCAACUGAUGGGACUUUAAAGAUAUCAGACUUUGGAGUUGCAGAGAGGUUAGGACCAUUUGCAGUUGAUGACACUUGCAGGACAAGCCAAGGAUCUCCAGCUUUUCAGCCACCAGAGAUUGCCAAUGGAUUGGAGACAUUCUCUGGUUUUAAAGUAGAUAUAUGGGCAGCUGGAGUAACACUGUUCAACAUUACCACUGGAAAAUACCCAUUUGAAGGGGAAAAUAUUUAUAAAUUGUUUGAAAAUAUUGGCAAAGGAGAAUUUACAGUUCCUGAAGGAGUGGAUGAUUUGUUAGCUGAACUUCUGAGAGGGAUGCUGAAUGCAAAUCCUUGCAACAGAUUUACUAUUCAGGAGAUACGAAAACACAGAUGGGUUUGUAAAAAUCACUGGAAGACAAACUACAGGGUACCCAUCCCACCCACUGAGGAAGGUGACAUGUUGCGCAGCAUGAGUGUAGUUCCUUACCUUGAUGAUCUACACAAUCCAACUCUAGACGAGGAAGGUCCUCAAGAAUACAGUCACAUUGAGGAAUCUUACUCGGCAGAUGAUUCAUUAGAUAGUGUCAGAUCACCUGCCACUCCUAGCAGAAGAAAAUCCAUCCUGAAAAGACCAAGUCUUGGAUCAUGCAAAGCACAGUAAAAACAUACAUAAAUCUCUUAACUCCCUUAAGUUAUGAAUCAUAUUAAUAAUUGAUUGUACUGUGUUUAUUUUGUUUGGAAAACUUAUGAUUCUCUGGAAGUGGUUUGGGGGAAAACCAUUUAAAACUUUUUUCUUACGUUUGUUUAAGUGUACAUAAUCAAUAUUAUUACAAUAAUUGGCCAUGAGGCAGCACGGAUUUUUGUACAUUUGUAUUUGAAGCAUCUUCCAAUUUCUAGUCUGGCGCUAGUGAAGUCUAACAGCUGGUGUGAUUAAAUAAAAUAGCAGUGAAUUGA